GUAAAACACCACUCACACGCGUCCGUACACCCUGACCGUCCUCGAAGCCAUCGAUGCUGGUGUGUGGGUAAAUGCUUGAUCGCUGAUCUGAUCUGACCUGACCUGAAAUCCAGGGUCGAUCCCUCUGUCAAAUUCUUUGUAUAGGGAAGAUGGCUUCCAUCUCUUCCAGUCCUCGCACCGUCGAAGAGAUCUUCAAGGACUACAGUGCCCGACGCUCCGCCCUCAUUCGUGCCCUCACCAACGAUGUGGAUGAAUUCUAUAUGCUCUGCGAUCCAGAGAAGGAGAAUUUAUGUUUGUACGGACACCCAAAUGAGUCGUGGGAGGUGACUCUGCCAGCAGAGGAAGUUCCGCCGGAGCUUCCCGAGCCAGCUCUAGGCAUCAAUUUUGCGAGAGAUGGGAUGAAGCGUACAGACUGGCUUUCAUUGGUUGCCGUGCAUAGUGAUUGUUGGUUACUCUCUGUGGCUUUCUACUUUGGUGCUCGGCUUAAUCGCAAUGAGAGAAAGCGUCUAUUUAGCCUGAUAAAUGAUCUUCCCACUGUCUUUGAAGUCGUAACUGGGAGGAAGCCUACAAAAGACAAGCCCAGUGUGGAUAGUGGAACAAAAUCCCGGAAUAGCGCAAAGAGGCCAAUUGAUGGGCAGAUGAGAAGCAAUCCAAAGUUACUUGAUGAGAGUUAUGGAGAAGAUGAAGACGAGCACAGUGAAACCCUUUGUGGGAGCUGUGGGGGAAAUUACAAUGCUGAUGAGUUCUGGAUUGGUUGUGAUAUCUGUGAGAGGUGGUUCCAUGGGAAGUGUGUGAAGAUAACUCCAGCCAGGGCCGAAAGUAUAAAGCAGUACAAAUGCCCUUCCUGCAGCACCAAGAGGAGCAGGCAGUAGUAUCCCAAUGUUAAGCGUUUUGAGGGGCUAACCUCGUUGUUUGAGGUUACAGAUAUUGUUGUGAUAGUACAAGUGUUAGGCAUCGGAUAUUAUAAUGUUUAUCCAUAAGAGGUACUCUCAGGCAUAGGUUGAACUUCCAACUCGUUACUUCUGAGAUGCAUAUGCCUUUUAUACGUUUCUGUGUAAUAUAGAAACUGUUUUUACCUCUUAUAAGGUAUAUGGAAUUGUGGAUGAUAUCCACAAACAUACAAGGA